AUGCGAAGGGGUCCCGGGAUUGUCGCGCUGGACCGACAUGCUCGAUCGGCAUCGCAGUACACGUCUUUGGUGCAAGAGCUGAAUGCUUCGAAAGUAGAGACGCUGCGCCAGCAAAUUGAUGCAUUUGCACAAACGCUCCGUGAAUUUGCUGCAAACCACAAGCAAGAUAUUCGGCAAGAUCCCGAGUUUCGCCACGCAUUUCAGAGCAUGUGUUCAAGUUUGUUUGUUGACCCACUCACUGGGCACCCCCCUACGGCACGGGCUGGGUCCCGUCUAGGGAAAGUUGGCGAGAUCUGGAACGAUUUGCUCGGAUUCAGUGACUGGCAAUUUUCACUGGGCGUCCAGAUCGUGGAUGUAUGCGUCAGUACACGAUCCCAGAAUGGGGGACUUAUCGCAAUGGACGACUUGAUUGGCGGCGUGAUGCGACUUCGAAAUGGGACAGGCUUUACGGAGCAAACGGAGCGCAUUACUGCCGAAGACAUUGCGCGGAGCAUCAAAGCAUUGCGUCCGCUAGGGUGUGGAUACGAGCUGUUUGAAAUCCGGGGUCGCGCAAUGGUUCGCACUGUACCGCAUGAGCUAAGCCCGGACACACAAAAAGUGCUUUCUUUCAUGUUCUUUCCAGGGCUUCCUUGCACUGACGCAGUGGGCGUUCCCUUUAUUUCCACUACAAAUACCCAAAAUGAAGAGACGCGCAAAGCACUUUCAGGGGACGGUGCAAUAUGGACUGAGCUUUGGGCGAACCAGGUGCUAGAUGAUAUGCUGCUAAAUGAUGGAAUAUUGUGGUUGGAUAUCGUGCCGAGCUCGCUGGACCGCAGCCCUGAACACAAUAGGAGGCGAUACUAUUCAGUGUCUCUUGGAGAAAGUCUUCUUUCACGGCAAGGUGCAGUGGCUUUCGAUCGUGUGCUGCUGCACGGCGCAGACGAGCCAAGUAUACCUAUGGACGCGCGCCCGUAA